AUGGAAAUGCGCGACGGCAUGCGGCGAGAAAAGAGCACGGUGGGGGUUGGAGAUUCUGGGGACAAAAUAUUCCGGUCACCAGUAUAUAUAUGUAUACCGGGGUGCUCACCUUCCACUAGAAGCAUUCUUCCAACUCCAUCUGUCUCCCUCUUUGCUCUUGAGAAUUCUUGCAACUCCAUUUGUCUCCCUCUUUGCUCUCGAGAAUUCGGUAGAAAUAUUUCAAGAGUCGAGAAAAUGGAGCAUUUUGGUGAACUAGAGGAACAAGUCUCCAUCAGCAUCGACGAAAAUGAAAUCCCAAUUCCAGAUUCUGAAGAUGAUUCAUUUUCUUCUUCGGUUUUCGAGGAAUUUGGGAUUUUCAAAGGCAAUGGAUUGACUAGAGUAGAAGAAAGAAACACAUGUUACAAAGUCAUCAAUGGAUGCGUUGCUCAGGGUAUGGGAAAGGACAAAAAUGUUGCUGCCGUCCAUAAAAUUCCAUGGUUGGGUCCCAACGGGCGAUUGGAAGCUUUCCGCAUUUCCUUGGCUGAGAUGGUGAAGAAAUGUGGAGGGAAUGGUAACAUAAAGCAUGCGUGGUAUGGCGGAUCUAGGGACGAAAUCUGUGGAAUCAUAUCCCAUGGAUUCCGAAGAUGUAGGCAGUCGGACCAUGGUGAAGAUGGUUUUGGGGUACAUUUGUAUCCACUGGAUUUUGUCAUGGAUGGGUUAUUGACAUCAGCUGAGGAUGAAUAUGGGCUCCGGCAUCUAUUGCUGUGUAAUGUGAUAUUGGGAAAAACGGAAGUAGUUCGGCCUAGUUCAAAACAGUUCAAACCAAGUUCGAACAAAUUUGAUUCCGGAGUCGAUGAUCUUUCAAAACCAACCAGGAUGGUAAUUUGGGAGGCUUACAUGAACUCCCGAAUUUUUCCCAGUUACGUUGUCAGUUUCAGGGCGCAUGUCCUAGGUUUUGGAAGGGAUCAAACUCCUGUAUACAAGCCCACUACACAAUGUGUAGAAUUUUCUGUUCUGAUUCCCAAGUUGGCAAACGUCUUACCUCCUUCAAAAAUGGCGUUGAUCUGUCAAUAUCAAAGCGAGUUCCGGAGAAAAAAGAUCUCACGAGCCCAAUUGAUCCAUAGAUUGAGGCAACUAGCUGGAGACGAGCUAUUAAAUGAUGUGAUCAAAACGAGGGAGUCCGAUGGUACUGGUGCUGCAUAA